UGAUGCAUUAUUGUGGUACAUUUAGGGGUUGUGGGGCUAUAGAAAGAGCUAUUCGUCCAUAUUGUUGAAGACUAUAUCCUGGCUUCUUUCAUGAAACUUGAACUUGGAUCAAAUAGCAAGCCCAGAUGUCUGGUCCGGUCAAAGGAGGAGGAAAGACUCAAGGAGAUCUCUUGUACUAGACACGAACGUGAGCACCCAGGGGAAGAUGCCACAUUCUACAAGUCCAACUCAGCCCCUGUGUCCUUUACAGGAGCCUUACUGCCUCCUGUCUUCUCCUGUGCACGCUUGUAACUUCAAACUUAAGGAAGUGCAUGAAGAAGAAACACUGUAUCCUACAAUCACAAAUCAGCUGAAGAUCACCGAAACCAAACAUUGGAGCCAUGGGGCUAACCGCCAUAGUACAAUUAAUCCAGUUUACUGGAAGCAUAUUGAAGAUAUUCAGUUAAGUACCAGCUUUGAGGGCUGCACGGACAAAGGGGCAGUCUUGGAGGAAGACCCAGAAUGUGAGGGAAAAGACGAGUGGCUUUGCCUUGAAGAUGCCAGUGCCCCCCAUUUCACAGCUCAUAAGAAGCCAGGUUCCACAAAGCCGCUGCCCCUUGGUCACUCCUGGUCACUCCCUUGUCUGCAGGGGGGUCCAGGCAUUCUCGUCCUCUGGCCAGGAGGUCAGCCCUCAGCCAAGCAGGUUCAGCCAAAUUUUCACAUAACACUUGUCGUGGAGUUUUAUCAAAGAAGAGCCAGGAGAGGAUUGACUGUCAAAAUGAUUUCUCGUCUUUGGUUUGAUUACCAGCCACUUAAAAGACCUGAUGGAAAUACAUUUCACAAGAGCGGAAGAGGAGAAACAAGCAUGCCAGAAAUAAAAAUCACUAAGAGAACAGAGAAGGGAAACAGAUUGAUUUCAUCCUGGCCAUUUCAUGAAGGAUCUGGAUGUUCUUUCUGGAAUGACAAAAGUGCAGACCACUUGAAAGGCAUGAUAAGCAGAAAAGCAAAGCACAUACUAGACUGCGUAAUCCAAGGACCAGCAGAAGGACAGUAUAACACAGAACUCCCCUUGCUGAAAUACGGAAAGUUCCCUAUCUUAUUUCAGAAUGGCGAUCCCUCCUUUCCAAACUGUUUCUGUGAUCCUGGCAGAACAAAACAAGUCAGCCAGCCCUUGCUACAUAAAUGUGAUAGAGACCGUUCUUCUAAGGACAGACACCGUAUUACGAGCACUUCUCCCGAGACAUUUAAUGGAGAAUUGAAGGAAUAUCCUGUUUUAAGACCCAAGCGUAAAGACAGCGAUGGUAGCCAUUUAAUUCCGCCAGGAAAUGAGAAAACAGGAUUUCUCAAACAGCAGGAGAAAAUGAAACGUCUCAACUAUUACGCCGAGUUAAGACAGCAGGAAGAAGAUAAGAGACGCAGGAAUCAAAUGAACAAAACGAGAGAUGGAGCUGCAGAACAAAUGCAUGUAGAGACAAUGCAGUAUUGCACAUGGGGAAAGCCAGGAAGUGGCGCUCCAGUCGAACAUGUGCUCUCUCCUAGAAGAAGAACCUUCAAUUCCACCGGCAUUGUUUCUCAGGAACAGCUGAGGCAGAAAGGAUUCAGCGGUGUCCCAUUUCGUCUGUAUGUGGAUUAAUCUCUGCAUCGACCAGAUCAAUUUUGCUGCAAGAAAGGAGGCACCUUAUCAAUGUUUUGGGGCUCAAUAAACAGCUGUGUAAUGGCAGUUCUGUAUUGUA